AUGCCAUUUAAAAGAAUUUUGGAAGUAGAAGUCUUUGACGAGUGGGGAAUUGAUUUCAUGGGAUCAUUCCCAUCUCCUUCUUGUAACAAGUACAUACUCGUUAUUGUUGAUUACGUAUCGAAAUGGAUCGAGGCUAUAGCCUCUCCAACAAAUGAUGCACGAGUAGUAAUUAGGCUCUUCAAGCAUAUAAUUUUUCCUAGAUUCGGUGUGCCGAGACUUGUCAUCAGUGAUGGUGGCUUCAAUUUCAUUUCAAAGAUCUUUGAAAAACUGUUACUGAAAUAUGGAGCCCGACACCGUGUAGCAACACCCUAUCACCCACAAACAAGUGGGCAAGUAGAGGUCUCAAAUAGAGAAAUUAAGCAAAUCUUAGAAGAAACAGUUGCCACCUCUAGGAAAGAUUUAUCUUCAAAGUUACACGAAGCUCUGUGGGCAUAUAGGACAGCUUAUAAGACCCUGACAGGAACCACACCAUUUAAGCUAGUUUAUGGAAAAUCGUGUCAUUUGCCGUUAGAACUAAGGCAUAAAGCUUAUUGGGCCGUCAGGAACCUUAAUCUAAAUUAUACUACUGCAGACGAGAAGAGAAUUUUAGAUAUCCAUGAACUGGAAGAACUUAGAUUAGACACAUACAAGAAUUCCCGGAUCGAUAAAGAAAGAACUAAAAAGUGGCAUGACAAACGUAUAUUGAGGAAAGAGUUUAAUGAGGGUGACUUAGUACUUCUGUUUAAUUCUCGACUUAAACUUUUUCCAAGCAAACUUCGUUCUAGGUGGUCCGGUCCCUUUGAAAUUACCAAAGUUUUUCCAAAUGGAGCAAUAGAAAUAAAUCGCAAAUCUAGUGAACCAUUUAUCAUAAACGGGUAG